GUGUCUCCCAUUAUUUUCUCACUACUUCCCUACUGCACAAAGACACGCACACAUGCAUUUGCUUUAGUUUCUCUGUUUAGAAGGCUAGGGAGGGCAGAGAAUGGAGAGGGAAGAUAGCUGCGGCACACAACUCAUCUAUGGAAACUGCGAGUUUAAUUCUUAUGGGCUCGACACCUUCGUAGAGAGAGUGAAGUUUCCCAAGUGUAGAGAAUAUGUUGUUGUUUCCAUCAUAGGUCCUCAGAGUGGAGGAAAGAGCACUUUGAUGAACCAUCUGUUCGACACUAAGUUUCAGGAGAUGAAUCCAGAUAGGAGGAGCCAAACAACGAAGGGCAUUUGGAUUGCCAAGUGUGUUGGCGUUGAGCCUUGCACCCUCGCCUUGGAUAUUGAGGGUACUGAUGGAAGUGAGAGAGGCCAGGAUGAUACUGCAUUCGAGAAAAAAAGCGCUCUAUUUGCUAUGGCAAUAUCCGACAUUGUGAUGAUAAAUAUGUGGUGCCAUGAUCUUGGUCGGGAGAAUGCUGCUAACAAACCUUUACUAAGAACUGUUUUUCAGAUAUGGGAUGCAGUUCCGAAGCCCCAAGCCCAUGAAAGGACCCCGUUCUCUGAAUUUUUUAGCGUACACGUAGUUGGUUUGUCAAAUUAUGAGUUUCUGAAGGAGAAGUUUGAGGAAGAGGUUGCUCAACUGAAGCAGCGUCUUGUCAAUUCUACUUCUUCAGGAAGCCUUCCUGGUUAUAGAAGGCGUGCUGUCCCUGCCUCUGCAUUUUCUCUCAUGAUACAGCAGAUUUGGAAAGAGAUCAAACAGAACAAAGACCUGGAUCUUCCUUCUCAAAGGGUUAUGGUUGCCACCAUGCGUUGUGAAGCAACUGCCGACAAGACAUUGGGACAAUUCAUGGAAAGUGAGCGCUGGUUGUCAUUACAAAAAGCUGCUGAAACUGGUCCUGUACAAGAUUUCGGUAAAAGGGUCAGCUCAAUUCUAUACUACUAUCUUUCUGAAUAUGACAAGGAGGUCGUGGACUUUGACGAAGGUGUAAGGAAGUCGAAACGACACAUGUUGGAGUCGAGAGCAUUGCAGUCUGCCCAGGCUGUGUACAAUACCAUGUUGGUACACUUAUGCUCUAAAGCAUUUGAAGGGUUUAAAGUGAGGGCGGCGUCACUUAACCCAGAAAAAGGAUUUGAUGAAUCUCUUCGUGCCUGUAUUCUUUCUUCCAUGCGUGAAUUUCGCCAAUGGUGUGCUGAUGCUUCCUUACAACAUAGAAAUUGGAGUUUUUCAACCAUUGUAGAAAAGCUUCAACGCGAUAUAGAUGUACAUGCAGCAUCAUUUAUUCGUAGUGCAAAGUUGUCAGAAUUGAAGCUCAAAUAUAAGGAACAACUUGUUGCAUCUUUAACUAGUCAAGUAGACCCUGCGUUUGGGGAUGGUGGAGAAGGCAUGUGGGUUUCAAUAAGAAGAAUUCUUAAGCUUGAGACUGAAAAUGCAAUAUCAAGGUUAUCUAUACAGGGUUUUGAGUUGGAAGAAAAAGAAUUCAACGCAAUGAGGCAAUAUUUAAGCAACAUUGCCAGAAACGUGGUGGAGCAAAAAGCAAGAGACAAUAUUGUUGCUGAAAAAGUUUUGACCGAAAUGAAAGAUAGGUUUUCAAGGGUCUUCUGUUACGAUAGCAAUUCACAGCCUAGGGCUUGGAAAAAGAAGAAGCAUAUCACAGUUGCUACAGAAGAAGCCCAUUCUGCUUCUCUUAAGAUUUUGGCGGUUAUGGCUACCAUUGACUUGGAUGAGAAACGAAAUUAUGAUGAACUCUUUUCUUGUUUAACGAAAGAAAUUGAAGACUCUCUUCCCUCGAGUUGGAACAAUGUUUCCUUGAAGGAUACCCUAUUCACACCGGUACAGUGCCAACGACUGUGGUACAAGUUCAAAGAAAUGACUCAGAAAUAUAUCGUGGAAGCUACUUCAUCCAUGGAAGCUCACAAGCGCCAUAAAAGGACAAUGGCGAGGAAAAUAGCACUUGGUACGGCAGCCGCUGCGGUUAAUGUGAGUCUCGCAGUUAUGGGAAUCCCAUCCAUUGGCGGAGCCACAUAGAGACUAGGGUAGUCCAGGGCCCAUCCUGGAAAUACAUUUAUAUUGAUUAUGUAGUAAUUUUUGCAAUAAUAUGCAUGUGGUGUGUUGGUAUGUCAGGUUUUAAAGGUUUCAUUAGGUCCCGGGGUCGACGCCUGCUGACAGAAAGCUACUUUAUGGUUUUUUUUUUUACCAAUUACCAUAUAUAACUACCCUUCUGCUAACAUUCUGAUUUCUUUUAAA